GUGAAGUAGCCAGGAGCAGACACUGACAGGGGUAGUAUCUCCACGGCCCAGAAGGGUGUGCAGGGCCGGCCGGCGUCGCCACCGCCGGGAUCGCCGGGAUCCACUGCCGAGGAGCUCGCCCCCAUCUUUCCCACUCCCCUUUUUUGUCUUCCAUCGCUUGGUGAGGAAACCCUUUCUGAGCUUUUUUACUUUUAAAGCCAUCUUUCUCCUACGAAGUCUGCGUCCCUGGGCCAUGUAGUCUGUACAGGACCCGGGAAUCUGAGAAACUGCAGAGGCGCUGUUGUUUAUGGAGCUCUGGGCGGGGGCUGAGCCCGUGGUCUUCCCCCCCGCCCCGCGCCCAGGCCAUGCCAUCCCAUCUGCGCGCGGAGCCGCGGCUGCCGGGCCUCCGGGGCUGAGCCGGGAGCCGCGGGAGGAAGAGGCGCCGGCGGCGGAGCCGGAACGGGAGCCGCGGCGGCGGGCAGCGCGGCAGACCCAGUACUAUGGCUAUGUACUGCUAUGCACUUAACAGCCUGGUGAUCAUGAAUAGCGCCAACCAGGUGAAGAGCGGCGGCGGCCCUCGGCCCAGUAGUAGCGAGACGCCCCCGCCGCCGCGGAGGGUCGCGUUGAGCCCUGGCAGCGGCAGCGUUUUCAGCCCCGGGACUGGCACCUCUUUCCUCUUCCCCCCAGCCGAGUCGUUGUCGCCCGAAGAGCCCGGGAGUCCCCCGGGCUGGCGCAGUGGUCGGCGCAGGCUGAAUAGUAGCAGCGGCAGCGGCAGCGGCAGCGGCAGCAGCGUGGGCAGCCCGAGUUGGGCGGGUCGCCUGAGAAGAGAAGGGCAGCAGGUGGUGACCACCGGUACCCUUUCCCCUCCCGGGCCAGAGGAGGCCAAGAGGAAGCUUCGAAUCCUGCAGCGCGAGUUGCAGAACGUACAGGUGAACCAGAAAGUGGGCAUGUUUGAGGCGCACAUCCAGGCGCAGAGCUCCGCGGCUCAAGCGCCCCGCAGCCCGCGUCUGGGCAGAGCUCGUUCGCCCUCGCCGUGUCCCUUCCGCAGCAUCAGUCAGCCCCCAGGACGGGUCCUGGCCCAGAGCGAGGAGCGGAGGACAAAGUCCUGGGGGGAACAAUGUCCAGAGACUUCAGGGGCCGACUCGGGGAGGAGAGGAGGGGCGCCCAGCCUGUGCCUCUCGAAGGACAAGGAGGGAGUGACACCCAUGCCCUGCCCGGCCGCCCGGUCAGGAUCAGGUGCUCAGGGUCCAGCCGCUUCGGUGAGAAUGGAGAAGGGGGUACCUGCCAGACCCCACUGUGGCUCACCCAUUGCUGUGGAAGUUGACAAGAGUUUCUCUCCUCCUUUGGGAACUCAGAGCUGCCAGGCUCCCUUGUUAGGGUUGGACCGAGUGAACUUAGCAAUGGCCACAGAAGUGGCAGUGAGAGCCACAUCCGCUGGGCCACACCAUCCUCACGACCCUGCCCUCCUUGAGCAGUCUGAGAGGGCCCAGGAGCUCGGGGGUGUGCACCCCCGGAAGGCCCUGGCUGAGAGUCAGGGGCAGUUUCCGGGCGGUGAGACAAGCCCAGCCCCAGAGAGAGGCGGGCCCCACAGUGGAGACCCCCCAGGGAAGGUGGGGAAAGGAAAUCUGCCCUGUGGCCUGCUGGGUUCUGGGGCGCUGGAAACGGACAAAAGGCCAGAGAGGACUGUGGACGUGCAAAGUCUGGAGGAGCCCUCCGAGGCCCGGAGCUGGUUCAGGCAGUCUGGACACCUGGGCUCCAUAGGCCCCAAGGGGACCCAGAGUGGGGACGUAGUGGUCAGGGAGUCUCUGCUGCCCUCCAGCAGAGUGGAUGAAGGGUCUCAGAUGCUGGAUUUGCUUGGAGGCAGUGGCUCAGCACAGCCAGGGACUCGGGAGGUGGAGGCGGGGAUUGCUUCUGGUGAAAUGCUGGAACCUUUGCCCUGUUGGGAAGCAGCAAAAGAUCUGAAAGAACCUCAGUGCCUUCCUGGGGACAAGGUGGGUGUGCAGCCUGGGAGCUCCAGGGUUUGGCUGGGCCCCAUGGAAGAAGCCAGGCUGGCCUGGACGUGUGGCACAAGGGUGCAAUCAGAGGGGACUUGGGGAAGUCUGCCACAGGACAGAGAUGUCCACCCCAGCCCAGAGCGGCUUUCGCCAGAUCAGAAGGACAAGACUUCCCUGAGAGAGGCCUGCAGCCGAAGCAAUAUACCUGCCGUCAUAAUUACAGACAUGGGUGCCCAGGAGGAUGGGGCCUUGGAGGAGGCGCAGGGAAGCCCUCAGGGCAGCUUGCCACUGAGGAAACUGUCCUCUUCCUCUGCCUCCUCCACUGGCUUCUCCUCCUCCUAUGAAGAUUCAGAGGAGGACAUCUCCAGUGACCCUGAGCGCUGCCUGGACCCCAACUCUGCCUUCCUACAUACUCUAGACCAGCAGAAGCCCAGAGUGAGCAAAUCAUGGAGGAAAAUAAAAAACAUGGUGCACUGGUCUCCCUUUGUCAUGUCCUUCAAGAAGAAGUACCCCUGGAUCCAGCUGGCAGGACAUGCAGGGAGCUUCAAGGCAGCUGCCAAUGGCAGGAUUCUGAAGAAGCACUGUGAGUCGGAACAGCGCUGCCUGGACCGGCUGAUGGCCGACGUGCUGAAGCCCUUCGUGCCUGCCUACCACGGGGACGUGGUGAAGGACGGGGAGCGCUACAACCAGAUGGAUGACCUGCUGGCCGACUUCGACUCGCCCUGUGUGAUGGACUGCAAGAUGGGCAUCAGGACCUACCUGGAGGAGGAGCUCACCAAGGCCCGCAAGAAGCCCAGCCUCCGGAAGGAUAUGUAUCAGAAGAUGAUUGAGGUGGACCCUGAGGCCCCAACCGAGGAGGAGAAAGCCCAGCGGGCCGUGACCAAGCCGCGGUACAUGCAGUGGAGGGAGACCAUCAGCUCCACGGCCACCCUGGGGUUCAGGAUCGAGGGCAUUAAGAAAGAAGACGGCUCUGUGAACCGGGACUUCAAAAAGACUAAAACGAGGGAGCAGGUGACCGAGGCCUUCAGAGAAUUCACUAAAGGAAACCGUAACAUCCUGAUCGCCUACCGGGACCGACUGAAGGACAUUCGGGCCACCCUAGAAGUCUCUCCCUUCUUCAAGUGCCAUGAGGUCAUCGGCAGCUCCCUCCUCUUCAUCCACGACAAGAAGGAACAGGCCAAGGUGUGGAUGAUCGACUUUGGAAAAACCACACCCCUGCCUGAGGGCCAGACCCUGCAGCACGAUGUUCCGUGGCAGGAAGGGAACCGGGAGGAUGGCUACCUCUCGGGCCUGAACAACCUCAUCGACAUCCUGACGGAAAUGUGCCCGGACGCCCCGCUCGCCUGAGGCUGCCCCGCGCCCCACCUCGCCGUGUCCUGGCCUCUUCUCCCCUCUUACUUCCCUCCUCCUUCUGAAUUUUUUCUUCACUUUUACCUGGGUGCGAGCCCCAGAACUGACCCUCCCAAACGUCACUACAAGACACUGUGCAGAAGAGGAGAUAAGAUUUUCUAGUUACUUCCUAAUUGAAGGGCUUGGCAUUUGUCCAUAGGAUCUCCUGCUAGCAGAGAGGCCCAAACCCAGGCUCAGCUGCCUGCAGGGAGGUCAGUUGGGUUUAGAUCUGGAGGGAGGUACAGGAAGCUGUGGGGUCCCUGACUCCAGAGGGGAUUCUAGUAGAUGAGCCCCCUCAGCCUUUGGGCAGGCUACCUGUGGGGGCCUGCUGCCCCCUGGUGGCUGGUGCUGUUAGCGCCACUGCUGGGCACAGCUCAUUCUGCUCCAUCCUCUCAGCCUGGGUUGGGGGUCGGGAGGGUUGCUGUAAGAAUAGGUCCCUGGUGCCUUUCUGGUAGUUGGGGCACAAAACCACUGGGAACAGCAUGUAGGCCAUGAAUCAAGUAUCCUCUGCUUAGCAGCCCAGGGACUCCCAGAGAUGCUGUGGUGGCUUUUGUAGGGCUGCUAAACCAGGGACCCCACCCACCCGGGAUUGAAACCCUCCAGCACUGGGACAGACCCAGGAGUAGGAGGAGUCCAGAUCCAAAUUGGCUGUGUUCUCCAACACUGGCCUUCCCAGGAGGGGGCAGGCAGGAGCUGUGUUGCUCCAUCUCUGAUUUCUGCCCAUGGAUUCAGAGGGACACUCUGCAGACCUGAGCUUCCAAGGAUGCCACCCAAUCCCCAGAGCUGCUUGUGCCUCCCGCUCCUCACCUUGCCGUGCUGGGGGCUGGGUGGCAGUGGGCCAGGGCACAGGCAGCCCCCAGGGGAAGAACAGAACCUGCAGGGGACACUUCUCUUCCGUCCCCUCACCUGCCCCACCUCCUGGUGCCAGGCGGUCUGCCUGCUGCACACCCAGGGCUCCCAUGAAGUCCAGGGUCCUCAGCCAUUACAGGGCAGAGCUUCAGGCCUGCGCUGAGCAGGGAGGUAGCAGGAGGCUGGCUUCCUGGCAUCAUUUUCCCCCUGAAAUAAGUCUUAACAGCCUGAGGAACUUAGGCCUGUGUCCCAGACACGGUGUGGGCAGCUUCCAGAGUAUGUGAUGGGUGCCAGGCAUCUCCUCCUGGAGUGUCUAGGUUGCUUGAAGAUUCACAGAGAACCAGCUGUAAGCCUUAUUUUAACUGUAAAGCAAGUAGGUCUGUAUUAUUGAGAAGAAUGUAAAUUUUGCGUGACUUCUAAGGAACAAAACUCUGGCUCUAUGACCAUUUGGAGCUGUGGCCCAGGUGCUCUCCUUUGCGGUUGGGGGUACAGGAGAGCAGAGUUGAGGAGCUCCGGCCGGGCGCCAGGCCAGCAGCACUGGGCCCGUUGCUCUGCGGGGAGCUUCUCCAGGGACACAUGGAGAUAGUGUGUCCCCAGGUGCGUGUGCCUGGAGGACCAGUCCAGAGGGAGGGCUUCCUGGGCUGCCCCCCAUUACCCCAGGGUCUCUGGGGGAACUGUCAACUUGCCCAUGUGACACGUACAUUUUCCCUUUUCAUGCUGGGUGAGUGACAGUUGGUGGGGGUGGAGGGUGGGACACAUGAGAAUGUGUAAGUACAGAUUUUAAAAAAGGAAAUCACUUUCAAACUUCCUGGCUCUUGUUCAAAACAGCAAUGAGCUCCUGUGUGGGCUGACUUGCUAAAGGUCACACCCCCGCCCUGCUGAGCACAAGAGAUCUUGUGACAGCACGUGACCUUAGAAGGCAAAGCCAGCUCGGGGUCUCGGGAGCUGUAGUCAUUUAUGGGGCAGGAGAGACCCCAGGUGUCUCUGCUGCAGCUGUCUGCGGGGAAGGGACAUCAUUAAUUCAGAUGUAAAGGUUCUACCACUAUGGGCUGGCCAAAUCACCCUGUGAAAAAAGUUUGCUAAAGCAGAUCAAUGCUAUGAACAAAAAUUACAGGGGACCAGCCUAACUGAUUUAAGAGAACAAACAUUCUAAGCACUUUAAGCAGACACCAGUUGUCUGCAAACAAUGUGCUAAUAUGCAGACGAUUUGUUUAGUAAAGGGGGCCCAUAGGGCCUCUUACUGGCAAUCCUUUGCUUUGGGUUACAUUAUAUAUGUGAAUGGUAGAAAGUGGCAUCUUGUAGGGUAAUUCUAGGGGCUUGGGACUUUUCUAUUUCCCAUGCUGGUUCUCCUCCUCCACACCUACUCUCUUUCUCCCCUCUAUCCCCCACCCUUCUGUCUGAGCGGCAUUGAACAAUCCUGGAAUGGGAUUUCCCAAAGCCCCUGCCCAGGCGAUCUGAAACCUUCCCCAGCCAGCCCCGUCCGGGCAGGGACUCCUUGGGUCCUGGCCGCUCAGGUGCCAGGAGGGUGGGAUGAGCUGGGCGUGCCUGCGCACAGGUGAGUGUGUGCCCUUCCAGCCGUGUCCCUGCUGGGCCCCAGGCGCUUGGUGUCCAGCCUGCUUAACAGUGGAGGGAGGUUUCUCAACUGCUUGUCCCAGAUGUGCCUUUAGUGUCAUGUAAGAAGUUUUUAAGUUAUAUUUAUUUUGUCGGGUUUUUUAAUUGCACAAAACACUAAGAUUGAGAGGCUGGAUUUGUUUCUCCUUUAAAAGCUUUGCCUUGUUCCUGAACUUGCUUUCCUGCUGGUGGAAAGGGCCCAGAUGCAGCCCUGGCCACCAUCCCACCUCCCACGCCCCACCAUGGACUCUUUGCCCUGUUAGCUGUAUUUAGCUUUGAGUUUCUCUGCAUCCAGUCAACCCCCGUGUGUAUAUGACCCAGGCCCUUGCUUGGGAAGAAGCAGGGUGCUCACCCCCGCCAGUGCCUUUUGCUGAAGGAGAGGACUCCCCUGAGUGUUCUCCUUCCCUCUGAACCCCUCUCCCCGCCACACCUUUGGAGAAAACUGAGCUGUUACAAACCCCCGCACAGUGCCUGCCGGACUGACUACAGACGCUCUGUACCUCCCUGAAUAAAGGCCCUGGGGACCUCGGUG